AUGGCUGCCGCAACGGAACGGUUUUUGCACCUCGCUCGCCCGCUGGCUCACACCAACGUCGGGCUCCAGACGAACAUUGCCCCGCUCUCUGUCCAGAUCCAACCCCAGGCUGUCCUCUCCAUCCUCGACCAUGCCGUCCGACGCGACAUCCGUGAAAACUCCCAGUCCACGCGGGUCAUUGGCGCCCUGGUAGGCACCCGCUCCGAAGAUGGCACCGAGGUCGAGGUGCGGUCGUGCUUCGCCAUCCCCCACACCGAGGAGGAGGACCAGGUCGAGGUCGACGUCGAGUACCAGAAGAACAUGCUGGCCCUGGUGCUCAAAGCCGCGCCCCGCGAGUCGCUGCUGGGCUGGUACACCACCUCGCACGAGCUCAACAGCUUCAGCGCCCUGAUCCAGAACUUCUUCGCCGCCCCGGACACCGGCACCUUCCCCCACCCCGCCAUCCACCUCACCAUCUCCACAGAGCCCGGCCAGGACAUCGAGACGAGAUGCUAUAUCAGCGCUCCCGUCGCCGUCAACGCCGAGCGAGCUGCCGAGAGCUGCCUCUUCAUCCAGGUCCCCCACAAGAUGCUCUAUGGAGACGCCGACAAGAGCGCCCUCGAGGCCGUCGCCAGCGCCCGCGACGUCGAGUCACGGAACGUUCCCCUGGUAUCAGACAUUGAGAGCCUGGGCCGAUCCAUCGAGCAGACCAUCAGCCUUCUCGACCGCGUCAGCGAAUGGGCUAACGGCGUAUUAGAUGAGGACGAGGAGCCUAACAACGCCCUUGCCCAGUACCUCCUGAGCGCCCUGUCUCUGGCCCCCAAGGUCGAUGCUUCCCAGAUCGAGCACGACUUCAACAACCACAUCCAGGACGUCCUCAUGGUCAGCUACCUGGCCAACACUAUCCGAACCCAGAUCGAUCUCUCCCAGCGACUGGCGGUUGCCAACCUGGUCAGCAAUGAAAAGGAGGAGGGCAAGAAUGACGGCGAGAAGGGUGCCCAGCGCGGAAACAAGCGUGGUGGACGUGGUGGCGGUAGAGGCGGCGGUCAACAACGAGAGCCCCGAGAGCCUCGAGAGCCCACCGAGUAAGGCGAAAAGGGAAGAAAAGAAGGAUAGAGGGACGGUUAUUACAGCAGCUGUAUAACUGUCGUUUGGUUUAUAAUUUUCCCUUUACAUCUCGGCACUUGGGCUCUAUAAAGAAAGGCCCUUAUUGAGAGAGAAGAAGAAAAAAAAAAAGAGGAAAUGAUGUUGAAGGAGGAAAUAGGAAGCAUGCCCGUGGCGUCUCGGGAUGGAUGGGUGGGAGCGAAUUUGGACGUGCAUUGCGACAUUGUCCCAACAAUACACCUACACGCGAACGCAGUAUCAUCUUGGCGUUGUGGUAUGCCAGACAUAAUUUUGGCACUUAAGAUAUUAGAUAUGAAUAUUGAUUCGUCACGC